CUCUUACCUCAGUCACUUCCAGCAUUUGGUCCUGGUCCAAGCCUGCAAAAUGUCCGACAAAGGAGCCUUCGACACCAACGUAGUGACCCUGACCAGGUUUGUUCUGGAGGAAGGCAGGAAGGCCCAGGGAACAGGCGAACUAACAACUCUGCUCAACUCGAUCUGCACAGCUGUUAAAGCCAUCUCAACUGCAGUCAGGAAGGCUGGGAUUGCUAAUCUAUACGGCAUUGCUGGAAGCACCAAUGUGACGGGGGACCAGGUGAAGAAGCUGGACGUCCUGUCCAAUGACCUGGUCAUCAACAUGAUCAAGUCCUCCUUCACCUCCUGUGUACUGGUCUCUGAGGAAGAUGAGAAAGCCAUCAUCGUGGAACCAGAUAAGAGAGGAAAAUACAUUGUGUGCUUUGAUCCGUUGGAUGGGUCUUCCAACAUCGACUGUCUUGUCUCCAUCGGAACGAUAUUUGCCAUCUAUAAAAAGACUACAGUGGGAGAACCCUGCGAGGAAGAUGCUCUGCAGCCUGGCAGGAACAUUGUAGCAGCUGGUUACGCUCUGUACGGCAGCGCCACCAUGAUGGUCCUCUCCACCGGUCAGGGGGUGAACUGCUUCAUGCUGGACCCGGCGAUAGGGGAGUUUAUCUUGGUGGAUCGAGAUGUGAAGAUUAAGAAGAAGGGAAAAAUCUACAGUCUGAAUGAGGGAUACGCGCAGCAGUUUCAUCCAGAUGUAACAGAAUACCUGCAAAAGAAGAAGUUCCCACAGGAUGGUUCUGCUGCGUACGGAAGUCGAUACAUUGGAUCCAUGGUGGCAGAUGUUCAUCGAACACUGGUGUACGGAGGAAUCUUUUUAUAUCCUGCUAAUGUCAAGAGUCCAAAGGGCAAGCUGAGGCUGCUGUAUGAGUGCAAUCCCAUGGCCUUCAUCAUGGUCCAGGCAGGAGGCAUUGCCACCACAGGAUCAGAAAACAUUCUGGACAUCCAGCCCACCACGAUCCACCAGAGAGUCCCUGUGGUCCUGGGGUCCCCUGAUGAUGUGCAAGAGUACAUUACCAUCUACAAGAAGCACAACAAAUAAGCAGGUCAGGUUCAGUAGUUAGAAACAUAAUCAGAACCGACAGUCUGGACAUUCAUCCGGGUUGUUAUUUGUGCUGCACUGAUGAAGAACCAACCCUUCACUGGAUCUAUUAACUCUGCUCCACACUGCAAGUUUCAUCUUCCUGUUGUGUGCCAUUUUUAGAGUUGUGUCUGUAUUUUUAAAUAAAGUCUAAGGAGAAGAGUCUGUGAAUUAAAAAAGAA